CAUGAUAUCAAUUCAAAGCAGGACAUUGUGAAUAAUGUUGUAGUCCGUGGGCCAGACAUGCAGCAGUAAGGGAUUUCAAGAAUGGAGUAACAUACAGUUAAUUGGUUAGAUAUGCAUAUAUUUUAGGUUUCUCCAUUACGCAGAAGCAGCAGACAUGGCUGCUGCUGUGUUACUCCUGGCUGCAGCGAUCCUUGUCUGUUCAUCUAUCAGUGGGAACCUGGUCUCUGGAACAAGAUCUUUCUCUAUAGACUACAAAAACAACUGUUUCCUGAAAGAUGGGAGGCCCUUUCAGUACAUCUCAGGCAGCAUCCACUACUCCAGAAUCCCACGGUUCUACUGGAAAGACCGGCUGAUGAAGAUGUACAUGACCGGACUCAAUGCGAUCCAAGUAUAUGUGCCAUGGAACUUCCAUGAAGCGGUUCAAGGCAUCCAGAACUUCACGGGGGACAGAGAUUUGGAGCAUUUUUUGGAUCUGGCCAACCAGACGGGACUUCUGGUCAUCCUGCGUCCGGGGCCGUACAUCUGCGCGGAAUGGGAAAUGGGUGGAUUGCCAGCAUGGUUACUUCAAAAACCAAACAUCAUACUUCGCUCAGCAGACACGGAUUAUAUAGAGGCAGUCAACAACUGGCUCGCUGUUCUCCUCCCCAAAAUGAAACGCUGGCUCUACAUCAAUGGGGGCAACAUCAUUACAGUCCAGGUUGAGAAUGAAUACGGAAGUUACUACGCAUGUGACUACAACUACAUGCGUCAUCUGCGGACUCUGUUCCGCUUGUUUCUGGGUGAAGACACCGUCCUGUUCACCACUGAUGGAAACACGGACAGGGAAAUGACAUGUGGGACUCUGGAAGGACUGUACGCCACAUUAGACUUUGGCACAGACACCAACGUAUCUGUAGCCUUCAAACGCCAAAGACGAUUUGAACCUAAAGGACCCUUGGUGAACUCGGAGUUCUACACUGGCUGGCUGGACCACUGGGGAGAUCCACAUGCUGUGGUUGAUGCUCAGAAGGUCAGCAGAGUGCUAGGAGAAAUGCUAGCCAUGGGGGCCAACGUCAACAUGUACAUGUUUGAAGGAGGAACCAACUUUGGCUACUGGAAUGGCGCCGAUCAUGACACCAGGUUCCGCUCAGUGGUGACAAGUUACGAUUACGACGCCCCGCUGACUGAGGCAGGGGACCCCACGGAGAAGCUGUUGGCCAUCAGAGAUGUCAUAGCGCAGUUUAUGCAGGUUCCCUCUGGUCCCAUGCCACCAGCGACUCCCAAGUUUGCCUAUGGAUUUGUGACCCUUAGAAAGGUCGGAAACAUGAGCGAUCUGCUGAACACACUUUCACCUGCGGGGCCGGUGGAAUCUCAGUAUCCUCUGACGUUUGAAGAGAUUAAACAGUACUAUGGAUACGUGCUGUAUCGGACCACGCUGCCCCGGGACCUCUCAGAGCCCACGCCACUUAUCUCCCCACUGAAUGGGGUUCAUGACCGCGCGUAUGUGUCCAUCAAUGGGGUUUUCCUUGGACUUUUGGAGAGGGACACUGCUCUGGUGAUGAACGUCACUGGACGGCAGGGAGACACGGUGGACAUCCUUGUCGAGAACAUGGGCAGGGUUAACUUCGGCAGCAAGAUCAAUGACUACAAGGGCCUGUUGAGCAACUUGAUCCUGGGUAAAGAUGUACUGACUGGUUGGAAGAUUUACCCUUUGGACAUUGAUGGAGCCAUUGCUGGCGGAUGGCCUCAUUCAGGCAGUAAAAAGUCCGUCCUCGCUCCUUGGCGAGAUUCUCCAGCUGGACCAGCCUUUUACAUGGGGACCUUGCAGCCUAACGGGCUUUCAUGGGACACAUUUCUCAAGCUGAGUGAAUGGACAAAGGGUCAGGUCUGGAUUAAUGGCGUGAACCUCGGGCGAUACUGGCCAGCCAGGGGUCCUCAGCAGACUCUGUAUGUACCCGGACCCCUACUCAGCACCAGCGUGCCCAACAACAUCACAGUGCUGGAGCUGGAAAGAGCCCCGGCACAUUUACGCGUUCUCUUUAUGGACCGGCCUCAUCUUAAUGCCACUACUGGAAAGUCUCGAUAGACCCCCAAAACAGUUUGAAGCACCUGUAUGAGAAUUCAUUAGAAAUAGCUCAGAGGAACUGUGCUUGUUCCACGAUAUUUCUCUAGAAUCAUCAUUCUUAAUGACUUAAGAUCUCUGAGUUUCACAUGCAGCCAAAUCUUAUCAGACACAAUCCAAAGUUACCUGCUUUAUCACAGUCAAACAGGGAUCAAAUGAUAACUUUGUCUGAAUAUUCACUAAAUUUGUGAGGGGAAAAAAUGGUGGCGAUAUAUGAACAUUAGUUUUUAUUGCAUCUUACCUUCUCCAUUAUACUUCUGUACAUAAUGUAAAUAAAUUGUACAUGAAUUUCUUUACUAUCUGAUACAAGUAUCCAUUUGUUUUACAUCAUCUUCCAUAAUAAAAUUAUAUUUGAAAUGUG